UAAACUUUAAUAAUUGCCCUGAAUACAAUUAACUGUAACUUUGUUUUGUAUAAACUUAAUGGGGGAAGAUUUUUAUUCCUAUUUGUAGCUGUCAAUAAAAGCUAAGGCUUAUACAAAUGAAACCUAACUCGAGAGAAAAAGGAAGUUAAAGCUAUUUCAUUAAUGUUUAAGCUUCUGAAGAAAAGUUUACUGUGAAAGCCAAGCUGUGCACUAAAUGUUUGAAGUAAGGGAGAGUAUUAUCAUUGUUAUUGUUCCUGAUUUAGUACAAGGUCGAUAUUGGGAUCAAUUUAUAUUUUAUACUGGAUAGAACUAUGGUGCACAAAACAUAUUGAGCAUUAAAUAUUGCAGCCUUUGUGAUGUGCUAUUAAUUUGUAUCUGUAUUUGUGCUUGGGGUUUGUAAAGGCACCAAACUUAUGUGUAUCACUUGUCUAGCAAGUUUCUUUGCAUGACUGGCUUGAAGAUUGUGUGGGCCAUUCAAUGCCAAGCGUUUUUCUUCUGUUGCCAGUUUUUGUAUAGAUUUGUUUAGAGGUCUGUGAUGUCAUUACAUUGAUGACCUGUUUAAUACCUCUCUGUUGUAUUUCAAGCCGAAUAGGCCAGUGGACCCAUAACACUAGUCCAACUAUUCCUGCAAUAUACAGUCUUGUAACCUUGACCUUUUGCCCAGAUUCUCCAAAAUAUCUCCUGGUGAAUAAAAUAGAUGAUGAUGCGGCUGAAGCAGCUCUGAUUUGGUUAAGAAAAACAAGUGAUGUGUCUGAAGAGAUGGAGGCCAUGAAGAAAGAAUGUGUGCUUGAUUUGAUGAGGACCAGUGAUUUGCGAUGGCCACUAAUUAUAUGCACAGUACUACAAAUGUCUCAACAGUUUUCUGGCAUCAUUGCUUUGGAAUACUACUCUAUAAGUAUUUUUAUCUCAGCUAGUCUGAGCAAGGAAACUUUUCAGUAUGCUACGGUAGCCACAGGUGUCAUGAUGACCUUCAUAUCUGCCCUGAUCAUGGACAGGGCGGGAAGAAGAACUCUGCACAUGAUUGGCCUCGUGGGCAUGUGUAUCUCCUCAGUAGUACUAGAUUUAGUUGUUUGCCUUUCACUACAGGUAUGUAUAGAUUACUUACUUAGAGCCUCCCACAUCAUUCGGUGCAUUGGGCAGCAAGCUGUUUCCAUAAAAAUCAAUCUUUAUGUAUUAGGACCAAUACCUUGGUUCAUGGUGACUGAGGUGUUUGUGCAGGGUCCUAGGUCAGCCGCUGUCAGUGUUUCCGUGGUAAUCAACUGGCUGUGCAACUUUGCUGUUGGCUUAGUGUUUCCUAUUUUACAGAAGUCCUUUCUGCCUUUCUCCGUCAUGCUGUUGUUGUUCUUCAUCUUCACCUAUAUGUUUGUCCCAGAGACCAAAGGCAAAAGUAUUUCUGAGAUUACCCAGCUGUUUAAAUCUCCCACUAUGGAUAGAUCAGAAUCCAGAAAUUCCUACAAAAGCUCAAAGAACAGAUACAGCACCCAAGUCUUGAUAAUUGAUAAUUGAUCCACCUCUCUCAGAAAAAGGGACGGAAUAUUAUUUCCAGCUACUUAUAGAAUUUAGGUGGCUGAACUAUUUUGGCUGCUGUUUUAUUUUUUGAAAUGUUAGUCUUUUGAUUUAGUUUCAUGUUGUUGGAUAAAUUUGUUAUUUAUAACAUUUUAUUAUAAUAUAUACAGGGCUUUCAUUAUUAUAUCAAUGCAAAUACAAUUAAUCAGUUUUAAAAAAUAUAUUCAUCAUUUUAACAUACCUCAAUAGAAUUGUGAUAACACACCACAGCAGUUGUUUUAUGAGAUACCAUUUAAUACAUUUAAAGGAGGCCAGAGACUUUCUUCCAAUAAAGUGAUUUAAAACUAUGUACCCCAUCAGUAUUUUAUAUUAUAUUUAUAAAACUAAUUAAAGCAGCUUUAUUCUGGCUGACAAUGUCUGUGCUGGAUGUGGCAAAAUAUGUAAGUUGCAGCUGGGGCUAGGUAGCCAUGGGCAAUACUGCUUUCAUUAAAUAUUCAGACUUGAAGACAAGCCUUAUUAUUAUUAAUCUGGUCAGUAAUUUCAGUGCAAUAUGAACACUAAUGUUUUGUGUAACUAUUUUUCAAUAAGAUUGUUUUCUAUUAAAAAUAUUUUUAUUAUAAGUUUCAA